AUGGAAGAAGACGUCCGGGCAGCUCCUCGCGGCUCGGCGGAGCUCGAGGCUGAGGUCGUGCGCCUGGAGAGGCAACUGCAGUCGGAACGAGAUGAGCGACGAAAGUUGAUCCGUUCCGCUCAGGUUCGUCUUCAAUUCAUUCAAUCUUCGGAAUCUGUUGAGAGAACUGAAGAGGUUUUUGCAGGAAGAGAUGGAACUGGAGGUCGGGGAAAGCGAGCAGAAGUGGAUUGCGCGGGUGAGGAAGGCCCAUGAAGAAAAGGAGGAGAUGGGACGGCGAGUAGAGGAGCUGGAGGAGCAGGUCGACACCCUCAGUAGACAGCUCAACAGGUUUCGAAACAAAUUUCGUUAAGACUGGAAAAUAUUACUAGAAUGAGUACUAGUACAAUCCAUUUUGAAACGAUCUUUUUGAUUUUCUUUUUUCUUUUUUCAAAAAUUCAUUUAGAAGCGAUGCCUAUAAAAUGGAAGUCGAAGAAGCCCAUGAUCGACUGAGGAUGCAACUCGAUUCCUUGCAGCACGACUAUGAAGAAACUAUGCAAGAACGGAGUAUUGUCCUAGAAGAGGUGAGAAAAAGGAGCGUUUUUGUAUCGAAAAAUAGUAUUUCUUUGACAAAAUCUAAAUGAUGCGCUCGGCAUUAAAAAUGGAGUUCAAACUUUGGUACUCACUCUAAAACGGCGCCCGACUUUGAGCGACUUUUCGAUUAUUUUCUCAUUCUGUAGGACGCUACAAAGCACAAGUAGUGUCGGAUGCGCUGAAAUAUCAUUGCCGUAUUAAAAGUGAUUUCUAGGAAAUGUCUUAAUAUCUCUGACUCUCCAAAAUUCAGUUAUCUUUUUCAUUCUCUAACAGCUACUUCGAAUUUCACGGAAAUGCUUUGAACGCGGCAUAAAUUCAAGAGACCGCUCCGCGACCGCGACGCUUUAAGUCAUGACCAAGGCGUUUCAACUCGUGAUUAUAUCUUGGGUUAUAACUAGCCAACGCUCUAAAUUAUCAGCAAAACAAAAAAACUUAUGAACUUAUUUCAGAACACGAGAUUGAACGAAGAAAAGGAGAAAAUGCAGCGUGAAGUUGAACGAGUUUCCUCCCAAUUUCAACAGAUUGUGCAGCAUAACGUUAGUCAAUUUUUCAUACGAAAAUCGUUCUUUUUCUUUUAUCAAUCUUAUAACUGAAAUUCCAGGAGCUCGAAACUGAAAUUGAAAGACUUGCAAAGAAGUUGGAACACACUCGACGUCUGCUACAAGGUACCUUUUUUCUAACUUUGCCGUACUUUGCUUUUUCGCGAAAAUUCGUUCACGUGGUUUAUUUAACAGACGCAAUUAGUUAUUUUGAGGCGACUGUAAAGGUGCGCUCCUUUUUUAAUUCGAUAAGAAAUUUUCUGACGGUCACGAAUGAUUCAAAUCAUGUGCAACCAGUAAAUAUUGGUUUUGUUGGAAAUUUUGAAAAUUGACUUGUUUUUGAAACCAAAUGAUCACGAUCUUCUGAAGGUUGAAAUAAAAAAAUUGGGAAAAUCUGCUGAAUUUUAUUUUUUUAAAAGGAUUUGAUGGAAGUAUAUCAACUUUUUAUGAGUUUUUAUGUAGUAGAGUCAAUUUUGUGACAAAUUUAAAUAAUCUGGGCUUCUCCCGCUUUUUUCUCCUUGAAACAAGGUCAUAGAAAACCUGAAAAAAGCGAGAAAAAAUCAAAAAGUUGCCAAGAUAGGGCGCAGAGAAGUCUGAACUAACCGUGUCGUGGUAAAAGGAAAGCCUUUUCUCCUCUCAAAUAAAAAUUUGAAAGUUCAAUAAACUUUUUUUUGAUCGCAGUGAGUUCAGCUUUUCUUUCUGGACACGUGAGUUUUUCUUUAGAAAAGUAUCGGAUAUUUUCAAAACAGGUAAUUUAUUUGAUUUUCCAGUGAACAUGGAAGAAACGGUGAGCGCAAAUGCCAGAAGAGACGAAGCGAUAGAAAACGCUUUGAAACUUCAAGAAGAGUGCUCCAGGUUGACGGAAGAACGUGACGACGCCUUCAGAAAGUUCGACUUCUUUCAUUUUUCUUGCAUUGAAGUCCUUGAAUCUAUACUUACGAAACAAAUCUGGCCUUUCUUUUCUCUCCUUUCUCUCUUCUAGACCGUCUGAAAAAAAUAGCAUAUUGAUACGAAAGGGGCAGAGAGCACAGACAAGUCAGAGCGUUUUGAGCUCAAAAAUGAAUUUCUGUCACCUGAGUAUAUUAACUUACAGGUGCCGUCAAGCACAUAGAGAGUCUAUCGUCGAUGUUUGGAACACACAUUCUGUUCAGCUGUCCCUUGUGAGUUCCAUUGUUUUUUAAAGUCUAUGAAACGUUUAUUCAGCCCUAUCCCAAGCCGAAUCUUGGGGUAAUCCUUGCUGGUGGCCGGACUGAAAACGGACUAACUUUACACGGUCCAAUUUAUGUGAAACAGGUCCUUCCAGGGUCUCCUUUUGAGAACAUGCUGAGGUUAGUCCAGUUCAACUUCAUUACAUAAUAAUUAAUCAGUUUAUUAGUUUAACAAAAUUCAUAGAAAUCUCUAAACGAAAUUGAUAAUAAAUGAAAUAACAACAAAAAUAGGAAAAAAAAUGAAAUAUCUGAACGAUCUGAUCGAGAAAAGUUAAAAGAACAUCGAUUAAUUCAUUUCCGAGUAUUUAGAUGUGUUGCUGAACGAAAAUUGAGGAUUAUUAAAAGAUAAAGAGUGACUUAUAGUUAGAGAUAGCUGUAGAAAUUAAAAAAAUUUUUGAGUUUAAAAAAAGAAUUUUUCGCAACAACCAAUACAUUAUUUCCAAGUAUAUUCACCCACCACGACUUGAAACAGUUGCCUUCAUCUGCUUCCUUUUUUACUCUCUUGUUUUCACGCUUUUUCAUCUCUCUUUGACCUCACCGGUGAGGGAAAAGAGAGCGCAGACACGUUAGACCGCUUGAUCUCGCGGUGAAUGAAGUGUAGCCUUCACAAAUCGACCAAAAACAGAUAUCAAGAAAUCUUUGAUUAUUUAAAAUCUUUCAAUCUAGAGAAAUAAAACAAAGUUUUUCUCAUAAUUUUUUUUUUUGAAUAUUCCAGAAAAAUGGACCAUUUGAUGAUGGUGAACGAUAUUUCGGUGACGGAAAUGGACGAGAAAUCCGUGAUGGGAAUGUUGGCCAAUUGUCAUCAUCUGCAUCUGGUCAUCCGGAGACGUUCCAACUGCAACCGUGUCCACGACAUCGAGCUCCCUCUCAAUUAUGGUGAUUCUGCGGCUUUCUAUACCUAAUUCUGAUGGUUUUGAACGUCUCGAACUGUCUGCGCUCUCUUCUCCUCCUAGUUCUCUCUUGAAUCCGCCAAAGAGGGAGAAAAGAGCCCAGAAUCUCAAGCCGUAGCGAAAUCCCUUCUUAAUGUUCUUAGGAACGUCAGAGUGGUCCCUAGAGGGCCUUUUUAGUUGCCCCUCUUGGGACCUCUCUGGCGUUUCUAAACAACUUUCUUAUUGUUCUACAUUUUCCUACAUCUUAAAAUAAGAUGUAGUAAAGAUGUGCGAAUAAUUUUAUGCUCGUGCAUCGAUUGGCUUUAGUACUAGAUCCGUGCAAAGUUUGCCACCUGAACUUAUUUGCAAAAUUUGAAGACGUGGGUCUGGAACUCGCCAACGGAGUGUUCAUCAACGCCGUCGAAGCCAAUGGAGCUGCAAAAAGAGCUGGUCUGGCGCCAGGCCAAAGAGUCGUUCACGUCAUGCAGACACCUGUCUACGACGCCAAACACGCCGAACAGCUCAUCAAAAGUUGGACAUUUGAAUUAUUGGAAAAAUAUCAGUAAACAAUCUUCCGUUAAUUUUAAUCUUUCUUGUCAAAAAGCUUAUUUUCAGGAGGCUGGAAAAUUUUUUAUUAGUCCUAUAAGAAGGGAAUUUUUCUUGUCUGAAGUUCUUAUAAAGCAAUUUUCAUUAAUUGGAAAUCUGACCUGUCUGCGCCCUCUUUUCUCUCUUUGGCGUUUCAUAGAUAUCGGAAAAUUGCAGGUAAAAUUGAGAGUUUUGUGAGAAAAAAGAAGGCGCAGAAAAAUCAGAAAAAUGUAAAAUAGGUGAAGUUCUUUUUUUUCGAAAAUUUAAAAUUUGAGUGCUCAGAUAUUAGAUGGUUUGAGCUUCAGAAUCGUUUUUAGCGCUUUAUAUCAAAGAAAAUGGGCUAAAAUCUGAAAAAUGAAGGUUUUUUCUAUUCAAAUGUCUUUUUUUUGAAGACGCCCGAGAGCCGCUGGUUAUUGGAGUUCUGCAGUCGACAAAACGCACGGAGAAUUUGAACAAGGACAAGCAAAAGGCCACUAUUUUCUCCAAGGUUUCGAAUCAGUUCUCUAGGACCUUACAUAGAUAUUCUCCAGCUUUUCGGCCGUCAGCCAGAUAAGGAAAGAAACGUCGUCGCCAAGGCCAACAUUGAGCGGAACGGGGACUCUUCUUUCUUGAGACAGGUGUGAAUUGGAAUUUUUUUUGAAAAGACAUCAAGUUUUCAGGGUUCUUUGAGGAUCCCCCAUUCGCAAACGUCUCCCCUUGUACGAUAUGGUUCUUUGCGGUUAGUUUUGGGCCAAUUUAUGAUUCUUGAAAAAACAGGUGUAGAAAGAAGCCUGAUUUUUGAGAGAUUUUUUUUGCGAGAAUUCUUAGUUCUACUCUUUUUUUUCCAAAAUUAUGUCGUUGAUCUAGCCUCUACGACUUUUUUUUUCUGGAAACUCGGGCAAAGUCGGAAUGGUGGAUAAUGGCAAGGGAGAGGCUCAAAGGCUCGAGAAAUGGUGGAGAAUAGGGAGAGGCAGCAAAAAGGGUGCAUAUGGGCUGAGAGAAUGGCGCAAAAAGGCAGAAAAAAGGGAGCUUUCAUCACCCUAAAAGGAAAAUUUCUAUGGACCUUUACGGACCCUCGGAGGUUCCUUCCGACUUUGCCUAUGAACGAUCAUUCAGUACGGAAAAAGUCUGCAAAAUGGCUGAAAACGGGUUUUCAGUAGAUCUGAAACAUAUUCAUCUUGUUUUCAGUGCUCCACAAGCCGAACACGCAAAGAUUGUUGAAAGUCUUGAGAAUCCUGCCAAGAGGGCACUCAAGUGAGUUCAAUCUUCUCACUUUUUCACUUUCCCAAGUUUUUCAGCCGAACAUCAGCCCACUCUGAAACCAGCAGCGUCUGGCCACCCCCUCUCGAAGAGGAAGAUCAACUGGUUCCAUUGCCCUAUUCAAAACCAGCCUAUCCCAUCUAUAGUGGUCCGUCCUCCCCACCAAGGUUCGAAAUUGGUAUUUGAUUCAAUUCGAAAAGUGAGAUUCAGCCGGAUAAUACGACAAAGCUCGGAGCAACGAGCGGUGACUUCUCCGAGACAAGGAUCGCCUUGGUCGCGGACCUUCUCUCCGAAUGGGGAGCCCAGGCCGUACUCCUACCAGUUCGGUUCUCUCGACGGCCGUCCCAUGUCGUCGUCUCCGCUUCCUACUGGCUAUCAUCCGAGGAUCACUGGUUAUAGGUCAGUUCUAGGCUUUUUCAACACAUAAUUAGUAAUUUAUUCCAUUCAACAGUCAAUGAAAAAUCGAUAGGUGAAAUAUAACACAAGAACGGGAAAAAUCCAUUUUUAAGUUUAAAAUGAAGUAAUUGAAACUGCUCAGACAGUGAAGGAUCUAUGGAGGAGCGAAAAUGACAAGAAAAGGCAAUUUUUGAAGCCACAUCAAACAACACAGAUUUCAUGGCGAGAAACUUGAAUUGGGCAGAAAAAGGCCGAAAUAAACGUUUUUUUCAUAAAAAAAAUUUUUUUGCCCAUUUUUGACAGUUUCUUUUUUUCGGUAUCAUAUGUAGAUAAUCAGGUUUUUCUUUUCUAUUUUUCAAGGUAUCUUAGGAUUCCUGCCUAAAACAUUUUCGCGCUUUUCUCCUCACAAGGGUUGUAAUUUAUUUUUGUAUUGGUAGCUCCCUUAAAUUUGAUCAGAACACUCCCUAACGUACCAGAAGAAGAUUCUGGAAGUCUGAUUUAGUAGAAAUUCCAAUUUUACGAAAGUGAGGGCUCCAAGUCCCAAAUUAGCCUUUUUUAACGGUUUUGAAAAUUUUAUACGACUUUGAAGUAGUUUUCUUUCAAAAACUAGAAAGUUGUGCAGGUUGAGACCAUCAGGAUCUUUUACCGGUACAUCAAGAAGUAAUCUGAUUAAUUUUCAAAAAACUCCCAACCGCAAAGUGAAAUCACCUUCCUUGUCAGAUAUCUCAUUUAGUUUACUGACCUAUUUUUCAACCCACCAAAAAAAAAAAUAAACAGAUGUAUGAGUGUUUUCCAGCCCCUCGCCGCAGCCGCCGCCGUACUCCUCGGCCAAAGGUAUCCGCAACAAUAACUAUCAGGCGCACGUCGACGACGCAUGCCAAGUCCUCGAGGGCUCACUUUCCUCGUUUCUCUCCUCCUCCAACUCUCUCCGUCAUCCGUCCACCAGCUUCUCCCACUACUACACUAACAACUGUUCGUUUUUGAGUUUCCUUUCGGAGUAAUAUCUUGAGCAUGAACUUUCUAUCGGAGAUUUUCAAACCUACUGCAAAGACAAUGAUGGAUUUUCCAAAAAGGACGACAUAGGUUUCAGUAAAACCUUAAUUACAGUGAAUUUUUUUUCGAGGUGAUAUGGAAGCAAUCACUCGCUCUUUUUUUGCUGUGCUAAAUUCAUUCUCCUUAUCUUUUAUGGAUCAAAAAAUUUUUUUUUCUAGGCGUUUCAUAGUUCUUUGAAACUAAAAUAAGCAUGUAUUUUUGUUUAUCCCUCUUUUAAAAGAACUCGGACAUUGGUAACGCGAAACGGACGCGCUCCGGACGUUUCUAAGCAUUUCUAGGGAUCACUUGAGAUUGCUGAGGCUACUAAAGUGGUCACUAGAAAUGUCCCGACACGUCCGAUUCAUGUCCCGUUCGCGUAAUCAAGGUCCGAGGAAGUUCAAAGCUCAAAAUUUUUUGUAAUCUGAAUGCUUUAGACCAGAAAAAGGUUCAUAGUCAGUUUUCCCUUCAAACAACAUUUUUUGUUUGGUCGGUCCUAUUUUUGAGUUUCCCGAGAUCUAGAGGAGCAGCUUCGUAGAGAAAACUUUCAGCUUUCAUAGUCUUUCAUCAAAACGAAGAAUUUUCAGCUAUAUGCAGCGCUUCGGCAGAAAACCCUCGAAGGAUCUGUCUGAGCAAAGAAGGCAGCGAGUUUUCGUUAGCACUGGAAAACUCGAAUGCAGGUUGGAGGGGAACUCAAGAUUCCCAAUCAUCUAAAAAGAGUUUCCAGGUGGUGUUGUGAUCCAGUCGGUGCAGGGCAAGAUCAACGGACCGGUCAAACGGGGAGAUCGUCUUCUGGACGUGGGAGGCAUAAAUAUGCGAUGUGCUGACAAAGAUUCGGCCUCCAAGGUGUUCAACCACUUCCGCGCCAGUCAAGAUGAAGUUUAUCCAUUAUUUUUGCAGAGAGUAUGACAUAAAUUCAGGUGACGCUUCUGGUGAGCGGCGCGGCGACGCCAAGAUGGAUGCAAGUGCCUCGGAGUGCCGUGCGGCUGUGCGGAGGGAACGCCAUCGGAAUCCUUUCGGAGUCGUCCGUCGGAGAACUUCUCGAGGGAGACCUCAUCCUCGAGAUCGAUGACUACAACGUCCGACGAGCGACUUUGGAAGAUGCAAAUGAGGCUCUUCAUGAGAGCACUUCUGAAUCCGUACAUCUUCUGAUCCAAGAUGGUCAGUCUGUCUUCUGGGAAAAAAGCCGAUAGAGCUUUUCAAACCUUUUUUGUGAGAGUUGAAUGGACAUAACGUUUUCCAGGCUCAAAAAGCAUGCAGAAAAAUAUUUCCUGAGUUUAUAAUAAUUGAAAAUAUUAUUUUUGAUAAUUAAAUUUUGCCAAACAUUUCAAAAUCUGUUCUGGAUAGUCAGAGCAUUUUAAGCUCGCGAUUGUUUGGAGUUGAAUUCGUUUUUAUGAUCGUCCUUUAGUGUAGUCAAAAGAAAUUGAGCCUUGCAAACGAGUUUUAAGUCUUAAUAAAGAUGUCCUGCCCUAAUGAAAAGAAAAAAAACUUCUAAGGAACUGUUCUUCUUUGCCUGAUUUCCAUAUGUUUUCAGGAGGUGACCGUUUGAACCGGUUAAGAUUAGGAGCUGACGGCGACUCUUUUUUCGUUCGGGUAAAUGUUGAUCGAGGCAUCGAGAACAAAGACGAGUUGGAAUUGAAAGCGGUGGGAUAAACCAUCAAAGCUUCAUAACGUUCAGAAAAUUCAGGGAGAGGUGGUUUUUGUCGACAAAACGCUCUUCAUGGGUCAGAGAGGCAGGUGGCGAGCCUGGAAAGUGAGAAUACCCAUUUUUUUAAAAAAUUAAUUAUCAUAUUUUAGGUGGAUCGAGAGGGUCGGCAAAGGGAAAAUGGCGUGAUACCCAGCGCGGACAGCUUGCAAAACGCUCUCCGGACCAAUAAAAGGGUAAGUGAUCUGAGGAGUUUUGAAGGGGUCCCUAGAAGGUUUUUUGUUUUUAAAUAAUUUUAGGGGUAUCUUUAGAGUCCCUAUAAGGGUAUUUUCUUGUCUUUGACGUGUGCUUACUGGAAAACUAGGAACUUUCGCAGCUUGAGACUUCCAGAAAACUUUUUCUGGUUUUUCAAGAACUUUUCAGGUCAACUUCCAGUAAAAUCCCAAUCACAAAAUAAAAUGGCCUUCCUUGUUAAACGGAACAAAAAAAUUUGGUCGUCUAGUUGUCUUUAUUUAAUCAAUACCAAAAUUAGUCCCACGAGCUGGAUUUUCGGUAAUUUUUGGUAAUUUUUCAAAAGAAAGUCGUAUGAAAAUUACGUAUCGCACGGUUUGCAAGAAAUUACUAUUGUUCACAAAUAUAUAAAAACGUGUGUGUGAGAAAUAAAAAAGUUUUGAUUGAUUGGUUGAUUAUUCAGAACCGAAACUCUUUCCCAUUCACGCGAAACGUAUAUGAGCGUGUCGAAAAAGUGAAUUCGUCGCUUCGAAGGCCGGUCAUUCUGUACGGAGCCUUGACGGCGCCGUUCAUGCAGGCCUUGCUCGAUGAUUCUACAAAGUAUGUUUUUUUUAGAUUGUUUCAUUGAGCUUUCAAAUAUUGUAGAAGAUUACUAGGAGAUGGUUCUAGCAGACUUAGACUAUUUAGAUUAUGAUCAAUAAUUGUUAAUUUUUACGUUGACUUCGAAUCUGCUCUCAAAAAUUGGGCUGGAGUGGAAAAGUUGAAAAAGUUAUGAUUUUUUGAAGUAGUAAAAAUUUGAAAAAGGACGUUUUAUCAACAUUUCCUGAAAGAGUUCUCGGCAAUUAUCACGAAGAUUUUCAGAGUUGACUCAAUUUUAAAAUUUGGUUCGUAUUUUUUCAACCUUUGGGCAGCUUUUUCUUUACAGGCCUCUUCGUUCAUUAGUGCAAUUGAAUUUAGAAUCAGAUUUUCACAAAUAUAUUUAGUUAGUCAGUAAGACCAGAAGUCACUUUUAAGUCAUUGAGACUAGAAAUUUUUAACAAAAAAUGAAACCGCUGCGCAACCUCUCGACGCAUCGAGAUAUGAAAAACAGAAAGUGAAAUGAACAAUUUUUUCAGGUUCGUCCAAAUCGUUCCAGAAUGCAGAGCACUAACAGACUCAGAGGUUACGAAAAACAUAAUAAUUUUUUCGAAUCUAGAAGCUUCAGGUUGAGCGACUCCUUUCGAAUGGAGAGAUUGUAGACGCAAAGAAACGAGAGCGUCUCUACGACGUCGUUUCCACUUCUAGCAUCCAUCAAGCAAUCGAGCAGAGGUACUGGAAAAACUUCAAAGAUAUCAGCCGAAUCAACAUAUUUCAGCUUGCAUGGAAUCUUGGAAGCCUCCCCGGCGACCAUUCAACGCCUGCAAAACUUGCGAAUUUUCCCGAUCGUCGUCAAAAUCCGCUUCAAGAACGUCAAGCAGAUCAAGGAGAUCAAAGAAGAACUUUUCGCUGAGAAGACUAGUAGCAAACAGGCAAAGGAACUCAUGGAAAAGGUCAGCCUCCACUCAGAAGUUGAGAAGGACGUCAGGAUUGUUUAAGGCUCAAAAAGUGGAGCUCGAGUUGGAAUCGACGGGAGUUGUGGUUACCGUCUCCAGCUACCAUAAUCCUCGACUUUUGGUCAAGCAUGUCGUUUCUCAGGUAAAUCGAAAAAAUAGAACUAAAAUUCACGAAUUUUUUAGUUUUGAAACAACUUGAAAUAGUCUGAUUUGUCUGCCUUCUUUUUUUCUCUCACUGGAAAGGCUUUAGAAAAAUAAAGAAAAAUUCAAACAUGAGAGAGCAGAGGAAUCAGAAUUUCAAGUUUUAGCGACUUUCAUAUCUUUACUCUAGAAAACAUCAUUUUUUGUCUUUAUAUCUUUUAAAAUGGCGUAAAAGGGGCGUGUCCGCCUAAUUAGAAAACUUGGCUUAGUAGAGUUAAAAGGAAAGCAAAAAAUGAACCAAAUUUUUCAGACGAAGCAGUUGAUCGAAGACGAGCAAAAAAGAACCGUCUGGGUGGCCUGCCAGUGA